CAAAAGUAGUGUUUUCAGUAUAGCACUAGAAUAAGAAAAAUAGACAAGAACUCAAAGCUAUAAAUUAUAUGUAUAGGAGCAUUGUAAAGAUUUAUCUUUAAGUUAAAUUUCAAAAAUAUUUUCACAUACUUUCAUCAGUUUUCAUAGAGCAGACAAUUGUUUUUAUAGAUAAUUGAGUUUAAUAUGUGAAUUGUUAUUUUUAGUAUUGAAUAUAAUAUUACAUAGUAUAUGUUGAGUCCUUCAGCUGAACCCCAGUGAUGUCAUUUGCUCCUUACUAGAGGCCUUGUUUAUCAGAUAUUGUGGCAACUAUUCAGACUACUUUAAUUUGUGAACUGUAAAUUUCCAUGCAUUCACUCACCAUGGAUUUCUGGCUACCUAAUGGACAGACAGGUGUAAUGUCUUUGCUGAGAACUCUUCUUCUGGAUGUGGUCCCAACAAUUCAACAGACUGCUGCUUUGGCUCUUGGGAGACUGGCCAAUUAUAAUGAUGACCUAGCAGAAGCUGUUGUGAAGUGUGACAUUCUUCCACAGCUUGUUUAUUCAUUGGCAGAACAGAAUCGCUUCUACAAGAAAGCAGCUGCCUUUGUGUUACGAGCGGUUGGUAAACAUUCUCCCCAGCUAGCUCAGGCAAUAGUUGAUUGUGGAGCACUGGAUACACUGGUCAUAUGCUUGGAAGAUUUUGACCCUGGAGUCAAGGAGGCUGCAGCCUGGGCACUUAGAUAUAUUGCAAGACAUAAUGCAGAACUGUCACAAGCUGUGGUGGAUGCGGGAGCUGUUCCUCUUUUAGUACUCUGUAUCCAGGAGCCAGAAAUUGCUUUGAAAAGGAUUGCUGCUUCAGCCCUCAGUGAUAUUGCAAAGCAUUCUCCAGAGUUAGCACAGACAGUAGUGGAUGCAGGAGCUGUUGCUCACUUAGCCCAGAUGCUCCUGAACCCUGAUGCUAAAUUGAAGCAUCAGAUCCUUUCAGCUCUCAGUCAGGUUUCGAAACAUUCCGUGGAUCUGGCAGAAAUGGUUGUUGAAGCAGAGAUUUUUCCAGUUGUACUUACCUGUCUGAAGGACAAGGAUGAAUACGUGAAGAAAAAUGCUUCUACUUUAAUUAGAGAGAUUGCAAAACAUACACCCGAGCUUUCACAGCUGGUAGUUAACGCAGGAGGGGUUGCUGCCGUGAUUGACUGCAUUGGGUCCUGCAAAGGGAACACACGGCUGCCUGGCAUCAUGAUGCUUGGUUACGUAGCAGCUCAUUCUGAGAACCUAGCAAUGGCGGUCAUCAUUUCUAAGGGUGUACCCCAGUUGUCAGUCUGCUUGUCAGAAGAACCAGAAGAUCAUAUUAAGGCUGCAGCUGCUUGGGCCUUAGGACAGAUCGGAAGACACACUCCUGAACACGCACGGGCUGUUGCAGUCACAAAUACUUUGCCAGUUCUGCUUUCUUUGUACAUGUCAACAGAAAGUUCUGAGGAUCUCCAAGUAAAAAGUAAAAAAGCCAUAAAGAGUAUCCUGCAAAAAUGCACUUACUUACCAGCCCUUGAACCAUUUCUAUAUGAUGCUCCUCCCAAUAUUCUGAAGCAUGUGGUUGGACAGUUCAGUAAGGUGCUGCCGCAUGAUAGCAAAGCUCGACGACUUUUCGUAACAAGUGGUGGCCUUAAAAAAGUUCAAGAGAUAAAAGCAGAACCUGGUUCUCUCCUUCAAGAAUACAUCAACAGUAUUAACAAUUGUUACCCAGAGGAAAUAGUGAGGUAUUAUUCCCCUGGAUAUUCAGAUACACUUCUGCAGAGGGUGGACAGCUAUCAACCACUUAAUAACUAAGCAAAGUUAUAUUUUGAUACUCAAAUUCACAGCAGAGUAGUUAUGAGUAACAGUAAUUAAAUCUUCCUAAAUAUUUGAACUAAGUAUAUUCUAGAUUUAUUUAAUGGGAAAUACCUUUAGAUAAUAUUUUCUAAAUUUAUAUAAUACUUUAAACAUUAGUAGCUUGAAUAUAUGAAGAACUAUUCCUGGUCAUUCGCAUGCAUAGGACUUGCUCUAAAAGUAGAUUUUAAAAACACGUUAAAGGGUUUUAAGGCAUUUAUUACAUGCAGACACCUCCGAUGAGAUACAGAUAAGAGAUGGCAUUCAAAAACCCUAAAUUAUUCUAGCCAAUUCGUCAUAGACAUAGGCAAGGAAAGCUGGCCUUGCUAACUAUAUAGUAGGAUACAGAAGAGAUAUCUUUGAAAGAGGAAACUGAUGACAUAUACAGGGCACUUGAAGGAGACUCUGAUGCUAGUUACAUGAGUGUAUUAACUUAAGACACAGACUGUGUGGGUAACCUGUUAGGUUUUGCCAAGUUUAGGAAGAAUUUACUCCUCUUUAUCACAAGUUUUCCAAAAUCCCUUCCCCACCCUAUCUAAAGUGUUCCUUACCUUUCAUGGGGCCAGUGAGGGUAGAAUUCAGAAUAAAGAGUUAUACUCCUGUAUACAUGCUCUCCUUCUCAUUGAAAGGUUUCUUAGUCUAGCUCUGCUCAUGAAUAAACAAAGAAGCAGGCAUGUAAAAUGGAUCCUUGUCCUAGCUUCACUUUCCCAAGUUUCAAAAGUCACAUUUUCAGGUAUUUAAGGAAUAAUUUGAAGAUAAUACCAUCAGGCUCAGACUUCAACAUGCAUUUUCACUUAGGAAGCGGUAAACGGGUGAAAGAGGGUUUCAAUAAAAUUUUAAAUAAAAACAGCA